AUUUAUUUAAUGGAAAGUGACUUUUUAAACUUAUAAAGGAAACAAAAAAUUAACUUUAUUGGUAUUAUCACAUUUAUGUAACUCCCAUGUUACCUAAAGACUAAAGUAAUACAAGGUUGCAUCUCCCUAUUUUUAGAAACUUGCAAAGUCAAAGGUCUUUGAUCCUCCUUCCACCAUCCUCUGUUUCUCCAUGGAGGCCCCAAUCAGCUUCAAUGAAACAGAGGAUGUCCUCACCUCACCAUCACCGUCACCAUCACCACCACAAUCACCAUCACCAUCGCCACGAAAACCCGAAAACCCGAGUUUGACUUUGACCCAGCUCCUCAUCCAACCCAUUGAAUGGCUCCAAAAGAUCUCAUCUUCCUUAGACUCAAGUUUCAUCGUAGGCAUCAUCCUUGUGUACGGCCUGAACAUAGGCGUUUCCGAUUCAUUAUUCCGUAUCGUGACAGAUUAUUACUGGAAAGAUGUUCAGAAAGUAAAACCUUCUUCAGCUCAGUUUUAUGUUGGAUUUAACUACAUUCCAUGGAUCUUAAGACCCUUAUGGGGUUUACUUACUGAUGUCUUUCCAAUCAUGGGUUAUCAUCGAACACCUUAUCUUAUAACUGCUGGCUUCAUCGGAGUUUUAUCAUCGGUGUUUGUGACGGCGGUUCCGAUGUUGCCAGUAAGCUUAGCUCUUACUUGUUUGAUGGGAGUUAAGGCUGGAAUGGCUAUGUCUAUUGCAACAAUGGAUGCUAGUAUUGCUAAAAAUAGUAUACAAGUCAAUAAAUUGGCUGCUGAUUUACAGUCUCUUUGUGGCUUUUGUAACUCUUUUGGAGCUUUAUUGGGUUUCUCCAUUAGUGGAUUUCUUAUUCAUUUGCUAGGAGCUCAGGAAGCACUUGGACUUUUGGCUGUGGCACCAACUUCACUUAUAAUUUUGGGUUUUCUUAUGUAUGAACAAAGAGUUUCCACCUCUACUCAAGGUUCUAAGAAGGUCGUAGAAAGGGUAGGAAGAGCAAUGGAAAAUAUAUACACAACAAUAAAGUACCCUCAAGUGUGGAAACCAUCACUAUUCAUGUUUCUUACUUUGGCCCUUAGUUAUAGCACUCAUGAAGGUCAUUUUUAUUGGUACACUGAUCCUAAAGUUGGUCCUGCUUUCUCCAAGGAAUUUGUUGGAAUGAUGUAUGCAAUUGGAGCUGUGGGAUCAAUAAUUGGUGUAUUCAUCUACCAUAGAUUCUUUAAAGACUUCCCACUUAGAACUCUACUCUUCCAUGCACAACUCCUCUACGGUGUAUCUGGAAUGUUAGAUUUAAUGUUCAUCCUUAGAUGGAAUUUACUACUUGGAAUCCCAGAUUCUUUCUUCAUUAUCAUGGAGGAAACGGUUUAUCACAUAAUCAGUCGCGUACGAUGGAUGCCAAUGGUAGUGUUGAGUACAAGGCUUUGUCCUUUAGGCAUCGAGGGAACGUUUUUCGCACUCUUGAUGUGCAUUGAUAGCUUAGGCUCCCUUACUUCUAAGAUGAUAGGCGGAAUGGUACUUCAUCUUUUUAAUGUUUCCAGAACUAAUUUCACUAAUUUGUGGUUGGUAGUUUUUGUAAGGAAUUGCUUUAGAUUUGGUACACUUGCUUUGAUUUUUCUUGUACCAAAUGCAACCCAAUAUGAUGUCUUGCUUCCUACAGAAAGAUAUAGUUCUAGGGUAGAGGAAGGAACUUUGGAGCUUUUACCUUUAAGUCAAAAAAUUGACAUUUGA